AUGUUCUCUGCAAAACCGUCAACGCCAGCCUCGGGUGGCCUAUCCAUCAAUACAUCGACGGCCAAUUCGUUAUUUGGUGGGAACACAGCAGCGGCACCCGCAACCACACAAACUGCCACAGCGAGCUUAUUCUCAAAUCAGCAGAAACCUGCCACCGGAUCUCUCUUUGGAAACACAGCCCCUAGUAAUACACAGACAAGUGGCGGAGGGUUGUUUGGUGGACAAACAAGUACUACCGGUACGCAGCAGAGCGGCAUGGCUACCGGGGGGUUGUUUGGUGGUUCAUCAGCUUCGACGCAACCGCAGAGCGGAGGUCUUUUUGGAAAUACUGCGAAGCCUGCAACGCCCAGCUCAGGAUUGUUUGGCAACACGAGUACACAGCAGACAGGAACCGCUGGGGGAGGCUUAUUUGGUAAUACCAAUACCCAACAACAAAGCACGACAGGCGGAAGUAGUCUGUUCGGAGGAAAUCAGGGAGCUGCGCCUCAAACUCAAACUAAAUCGCUUUUUGGCACGAAUCCAUCUACUACUGGAACAACAAGUCUUUUUGGAAAUACUCAAAGCACGGCUCAACAGCCGCAGCAGCAACAGCAGAAACCUACACUGUCUAUCUUUGGAUCUCAAAACACAACUACUCAACAACCACAAUCCACCACAGCGACUCAAGGUGCCGUUGUUCAAGGAGUCAGAAUAGAUGCUAGCAAUCUCCUGCCGACAACCAAGUAUGAUAGCUGCGCGGACGAAAUAAAGAAAACAAUUGAGCAGAUCGAUACAUAUGUCUUAAAUCAACUGAACAUGUGUAACGAAGUUUCAGAUCUUAUUCCUACAAUUGCCAACCAAGGCAACACGAUUCCGAAUGACGUGGAAUUUGUUGAAGGAAAACUUGAAACGAUGCAACACGCUCUCGAGAACGAUGCUCGCGAAAUCGAUGCUGUUCGCAAAAUGGUAACUCGUAACGCAGCGGAAGCUCAAGUUGCAUUCCGUGCGAUUGACAACCUCAAGCUGCCGUUGCAGUAUCAAUCAACGAGCGGAGGCUGGUGGUCAGUAUCAGAACAACAGCUGUCCGAGCGGCAGACACUUCGAUCUUCUAUCCAACAUCGAAAGAGCACCCUGGCAUUACCGGAAGGUGUCGAAGGCGACCCAUCAACAAGCGAUGCAAUUAACGGUGUGCCCACUAACCUGGUAGCUUAUUUCUCUCAUCGCUCCGAUGAGAUGUCUAGUGUCCUUGAUGGUUACAAGAGGAAUCUUAGAGAAAUCGAAGAUCACCUCCACGGCGUGGAGGGUUCGCUGAACAGGCAAAUCAACGACUUUCUCGCUUCACGCAAUCGCAAUGACGGUGCCCCCAGUGUUGGAACUGCCACGCGCCAACUGGCAGACCUGGCGGCCGCUCUGGGAGAUGUGGAAGCUGGUAUUCUAGGGGUUGCAAGCAGACUAGGCGGUGUGAAAGAGGAAAUACAAGAGCUGGUUCUAGGACCGCCGACCCUUGGUUUUGGUCGACUGGGCUGA